AUGGUUGCUGCCAAGUCUGGAAUCGCUGCCGGUAUCAACAAGGGUCACAUCACUACCCGUCGUGAACUCAAGGCCAAGCCCUCUAACAAGAUUGGUGCCGCCUCCAAGCGUACCACUUUUGUCAAGUCCAUUGUCCGUGAAGUCACUGGUUAUGCUCCCUAUGAGCGUCGUCUCAUGGAAUUGAUCAAGAACUCCAAGGACAAGCGUGCCAAGAAGCUUUGCAAGGCUAGACUCGGUACUUUUGUUCGUGCCAAGAAGAAGAUUGAAGAACUUACAGCUGUUAUUGCUGCUUCUCGUCGUCACUAA